AUGACACCACGUACCAGCCCCUCUUCUUUGACAUCAAGCAGUAAUAACCAAGAGAGUCGUAGUAAUAGUGAACAAGAUUCAAUCAAACUCGAAGCAUCUCCUUCAAAGGAGUCUGAAUCGGACGAUGUUGCAAGACGUGGUGUCCAAGAGAGAAAAGUUGAUAGCAAGUUGUUGAUAGCAAGACUACGCAAUGAAGUAAGACCUUCAGUUCCUUUUCAAUUCAAAAGUCUCUGGUUGGUGUUCUUGUUGUUAAUAUUCAUCGUUUUAGGUUUGAGAUUGUUGACAUCUGACAGAGAUUUUUUAUAUUGGAAACCAGAGUUGCAUAAGUCGCUGUUGAAGAAAGCAAAUCUUCCAUUGAAUGGUCAGGACCCACUCUUUAACAUGACAAAAAGGACACUGGUUGCGUUCAAACCACUAUUGGCAAAAAUUGUACCUUCUUUCCACGAUAACAUUUUGCAAAAUCAAAAAUUCCAGAAAUGGUUAUUGAAAUCCACUGGAAAUGAAACAUAA